AUGAACGAUUCGAGUAAAAGUGCUGCGUCAGAGGACGAUAAAAAAUGCAUUCCAAUUGACCUAACUAAAGAAGAUCGAAACACGAUUGAGUCACAAUAUGUACACGAUCUUUAUGAAGAGAUUGCACCGCAUUUUUCUCACACAAGGUAUAAUCAAUGGCCUGGAGUGCUGAAGUACAUAAACGCGGCGGAGUCGUACUCAACAGUGUUGGACGUUGGUUGCGGCAAUGGAAAAUAUCUUCAGUUUCGCAGCGAUUUGCUGUUUAUCGGUGUAGAUCGAUGUAGUGGCUUACUGAAGCUUGCAUAUGACUCUAAAUGCCCCAACGUCCUUCGUUGCGAUUGCUUAAAUUUGCCUUUCCCAUCGGAAGUGGCCGAUCUCACGCUUUCGAUUGCAGUCAUCCACCACCUACCAUCGGCGGAUCAGCGGCGUUCCGCAGUCACAGAGAUGCUGCGGUGCACAAGGUCGGGGGGAAGACUAGUGGUAUACGUAUGGGCGCGUGAGCAACAGAAGCUUACCAUCGGUUAUCGCAACUUCGAGGGUGGUGAUAUUUUGGUGCCGUGGCACAUGCAGAAAAAGUACAUCAAGGACAGACCCAUAGAUGGUGCAUCUACAAAAACCACAGGCAGAGCGACAGUUUAUCGGUUUUAUCACGUUUUCACGCGUGAAGAAGUUGAAGAACUGGGAGCGUCGUUUAAUGACGUCGCCAACGUGGACUCGAUCGAAUUCGAAGCCAACAAUUGGAUAUUAACGUUAAUAAAAUUGUGA